UCACGUUCCGGCGCGCGCCCCCAGGAUGGUGUUUCGGCGGCUGCUGGCCGCGCUCCUGCACAGCCCGCAGCUGGUCGAGCGCCUUUCCGAGUCCCGGCCGAUCCGGCGUGCGGCGCAGCUCACGGCCUUCGCGCUGCUGCAGCUCCAGCUGCGCGGUCAGGAUGCGGCUCGCCGCGUGCGGGGGCUUGCGGCGGGGCCUGCGGGUUCCUUAGGCCGCCGCGCUGCCCGCUUCAAGGAUACCUUCAACCAGGAGCUGCGCCGGGGCCUUCGGGACCGUCCGAGGUCACCACCGGGCAGCCAGAGGGGCCCGGGCGCAGACCCCUAACUUGCGGCCCAGUCGUCUGCUUCCCCUUCUAGGCUCUACACCAGCCUCGGCGUUGAGAGGUCAUUCGGGACAUUGCAGGGGCUCAGUCUUCUGACUCCGGUCGAUGAGGUACAGGGAACCCGGACGUUCGGAACAGACAAGGUCUUUGAAGCUCUGGGAUCAAGGAUUGGGCCGGCAUGCUGUGGAGGAAGACUCCGAAGCUCGGCGGAGAUAAACAUCUGAGGUCCCACCGCAGGCAGAAAUAGAGCUUUCCCUUUGCAAAUGGAACCAGGACUCAACGACAGAUGCUGCCACCUCGGCCCAGAGAGAGCACUACUUACAGGGAAGAUCAUGGAUGAAAAGACAGCCCUGAAGCUACCUAAAUCCUCCGAUUAAAUGUAUAAGUGAUGA